AUGUUUCCUCCUCCCGCGCAUCCAGCCCUCGGCCCGUCCAAGACGACACACUGUAGUAGUGGUGGUGGUAGUAGCUCAGCGAGUCCUUCGUCCACCCCUCCCCCACCACCGCCUCGCAAAUCAAUCACCCUGACCGGCGACACGGGCCAAGGCACCAUCGCAACCCUCCUCUUCACCGACGUCUUCUCCCCCUCCUCCAAAACCGCCCACUUCAACCGCGCCGUCACCCAAAUCCGCAACGACCCACGCUGCCAAAAGCUUCUGGGCCCUGGUCCGCAAAUCGCCGCCCACGGCGAAGAUUCCUGGUCCCGCUGGGCCCGUAACCGGUACAUUAGUAGCACGGAGGAGACGGAUAAGUGGGGGACCCAGCAUAUGCGCAUGCGUUUCUAUGUCGAGGGUUCGUUGGGGCAGGGCGUCGUGCAUGUCCAUUUGACGAGGCGGCCGAGUCAGAGUGAGUACGAGUGUGUGGAGUUGACGGUUAAUGUCAAGGGUCAUCAGAGUAUUGAUUUGGUGGCUGGGGAGAAGAAGGAGAGGGUUGCGCCCAAGUUUUUUGGCGCGAGAUGGUGGUGA